AAUGAUUAUACAAUUUUCCCUAUUCAGCUCGUUUUAAACCAACCGCUUUUGCUGAUUUUUCUACUAGGAAAAUAGAGGCAAAGAAGUUUCAUGGGGUACUACAACUUUGAUUGAUAUUUUUUAAUUCCUUGGCUUUUGGGUGUAGAUUUUGAUUUUUCUAUCUGGGUAUUUAUUUUUUCCAAUCCCCAGACAAGUAAGACGUAUCUGAGCUUCGAAAAUGGUGGCUGCCCGCUUUGGACAGUGGAAUUUGCUUUUAAAUCAUCAUGGGAGAAAGAUUGCAGAUGGUAAUCACGAAAGAGAGAUUGAAAAAGAGACGAACAUGAUUAAAGAAGUAGGUAGAUUGAACAAGAAGGGGCAGCCGGCGUUUUCUGGGAUUAUAGUCGAUGGUGGCGGUGCACGGUGGCUCGACGGCGGCGAUGUACAGUCUGCCAAAUGGAGACACCACUUGGUUGCUAUUCAUAUUUGUGAAGUUUUAGAUGGUCUAAAGUUCAGCGAAAGUUUUCCUGUAAUGAAAACGAACGAAAUUAGGGGUUCAGAUUCAGGGGAAACCUUUGCCAAGAAAUUGAUUAAAAGGCUAGCUAAGCGAAGAGGAAUGGCUAUGAUGUUAGAAUUUGAUCCGAUUGGUCCACUCGGCAAUUGGGUCUCACUUGCCAAAUAUUAUUGCAAUCAACUACCUGCAACUAGUAUCGUGGUUGCUGUUCACAAGGGAAAGACCAUCUUUAAAAGGCAGUCCGUUGAUCAGUUUAGAGGUUUUGAAUUACACUUGAGGCCUGAAUUCUAUUUCAGUGAAGUGAUUUCUACCUCAAGAAAUCUAAAACCAGCAAAGGGCGAUAAUGAUGAGCUCCUUGCAGCUGAUGCCUCAGAUGACUGGGAUGCAGAAACAAACUCAAGAAAUGGCAAUGUGAACAGUCAUGAUAAGAAAGCUCUUCUGAGUUCAAUUUCCAUUGUACGGAGACAGCUUCCAGAAUCAAAUCUUGGUUGGCCCUUUCAACAGAGAAGUUCUCAAGCAGGUCGAGAGGUUAUAAGAAAAGGAGCUAGAAAUGUGUCUGUGGUUCAAUGGGUAAUGAGCCUGCCUAAUAGAUCAGGUGCAGGGAUACCAAAAAGCCAGAAUGAUAUGACUUUGGAAAUACCAAAAAUUUGUUUACAAAAUAAAUCCGAGGGGAUGGAAGAAACCAAUCAUCUAGUGCUUCAGAACUUUGGAGAUGAGGCUGAGGAUAGUGAUGAAAAUUUGAAAGGCGGUGAACUUGUUAAUGAAUUCAAACACAAUGCAAAAAUGGGCCUUUCAGUCUCUUUCAUUGUGAAAGAAUUUCAACAAGAGAUGCCUGGUUGGCCUCUUAGACCUGAUGCUCUUUCGGAAAGGUCAGAUUCGUUGCAAGAAUCUGAGGAAACAGACAUACAAGAAGGAGAUUCCGAGACGAGCAUAUCUAACCGAACAAUCGACACAAAUUUGGAGUCCCAGAUUGGUUCUGUUGCUAAGAAUUUGAAAGAGCGUGAAGAAAGGGUGAUCUUUUUUCAUUCUGAAGAAAAGAGUAUUGAGAACAACAUCUUUAAAAUAGCAUCCAAGCAGCUGGAGUUUCCCAUCAAGAUGAAUCAAUCAGUUUGCAAGUGCUUUAGCUAUGCAGAGCUGAAGAUGGCAACUUCCAAUUUCUCGGCAGAAAAUCUCAUAGGAGAGGGAGGAUAUAGCGCUGUAUACAAAGGAUGUCUUCUUGAUGGAACUUCAGUUGUGGUAAAAGUUUUGAAGUCAUACAAGGAUGCUCGGGACAACUUUCUGCUGGAAUUAAACAUCGUUUCCUCAAUCAAACACAAUCACAUCACACCUCCUAUUGGUGUAUGUAUGGAAAAUGAGCAUCUUAUUUCAGUAUAUGACUACUUUCCUGAAGGGAGUUUGGAGGAAAAUUUGCAUGGUCAAAGUGGAAGAAGUAAGAUUCAAUGGGAAAUGAGGUUCAAAGUUGCUAUCGCUGUUGCUGAGGCAUUAAACUACCUUCACAACGAGCGUUCUUCACCUGUUAUUCACAGAGAUGUUAAAUCUUCCAACGUUCUUCUUUCUGAGAAGUUCCAACCCCAGCUAUCCGAUUUUGGGCUUGCUAUGUGGGGACCAACAGAUUCACCGUAUGUAAUUAACACCGAUGUGGUUGGCACAUUUGGAUAUAUUGCUCCAGAAUAUCUCAUGCAUGGAAAACUUAGUGACAAAAUCGACAUUUAUGCCUUUGGGAUCGUCCUUCUUGAACUUUUGUCAGGCAGACGUCCCAUUGAUUUUGGUGUUGCUGAAGGACAAAGAAGCUUAGUUCUAUGGGCCAAGGAAGUGUUAAACAGUGAGAAUCCUAAGGCACUAAUGGAUCCAAACAUGGAUAUAAAGUUCAAUGAUGAUCAAGUUCAAAGAGUGGUUCUGGCAGCCACCCUUUGCAUCAAUGCAUCAGCUCGAUUACGGCCAAAUGCGAGCGAGAUUCUGAAGCUAUUAAAAGGGGAGGCAAGAGUAGAUGAUUUCAUAAAUUUUCCUGGUUCGAAAGAGCUAACCGAUCAUGACAUCGAUGAUAUCUUUCCGAAGUUCAUGAGCAAACCUAGUCUAAGUUUUGCACUCCGUGACAUAGACAACGAUUGUACACCGUCAAGCAAUGCAAAUACAACAUCAAAUACCAUGGUGAAAAAACCCGGUCGUCUGAAGUUAAAAGACUACUUGAAAGAACCCCAUGAAUAAACAGAUAAAAACAAGGUUAGCUCCAAAUCAAUAGAGAAAUAAAAAUGAGUGUAAAUACAAAAAAAAAAUUGUUUUUGUAUAUUUGGCAACAAGAGUUAAAGUCUUUUUAAAUUUUCAAAUCUCUAUUUUUCCCAAAUGAGUGAACAUUAUUUUAUUUUAUUUUAUUUUUUGUCAUGAAUAUGACAUUGUAUAUAUAUAUACAUAUUGAUCAAUUAGCAGAAUUUGGAGCAUGAAUAAUACAGUUUUAGUUGUGAUAUUA